UCAGCUGCUGUGUUCCCACACUGACACACCUGACAGGGUUUUACUGCCACAUAAAACAGACACAGAGCUCAGUGCAGGUUAUUCAUCCACCAACACCAUGACUGGAAAGGCUGUUCUCCUCGGACUGCUGCUGAUCUGUUUGGCUGCAGAUGCAGGGAAGGUCUCAGGAGUCGCGAGAAAGCCACUCUGUCCUAACACAGACGAGCUCCUGGCCUGUCCUCUGAAUCUGGCUCCCGUGUGCGGCAGCGAUGGUAACACUUAUGCCAACGAGUGCACGCUGUGUGCUGAGAUCCAACUGACCAGGAAGGACAUCAUGGUUGUGAAGGAAGAGAGCUGCUGAUCGAAACACUAAAAGAUUUCACUGAAUAAAGUUUGAUGUCUGUCUGUCAAAACUGACAAGAACUAUAAUAAAAGCUUCUUUCAGCAAA